UUUACACAUCACACAGGCCUUAAGUGAACACAUCCGAAAACAUUCGAUUUGCUGUGACAGUUACAGCGGUGUCGUAGGUCUGCUCAGACCGUCGGAUGGGUAACGUGCCCGCUCCGGUGAAGCAGUGUCUGCGCUAUGAGCAGCUCAGCGCGGAGCCCUGGCUGAGACACUGGCUGCAGGAGGACAAGAUCAUUACUGAAAAUAAGUGCCCGGAGUUUGUGAAAAUUGUUGAAGUUGGGCCAAGAGAUGGUCUGCAGAAUGAAAAGGAAAUUGUUCCGACAAGGGUGAAAAUCCAGCUGAUAGACAUACUUUCAGAAACAGGCCUUUCUGUGAUCGAGGCCACCAGCUUUGUUUCUUCAAAGUGGGUACCGCAGAUGGCAGACCAUACUGAUGUACUUCGCGGUAUCCAGAGAACACCUCAUGUUCGGUACCCUGUGUUGACACCUAACAUGCAAGGCUUUCAAGAUGCUGUUGCAGCUGGUGCUACUGAAGUGGCUGUGUUUGGGUCGGCGUCUGAAACCUUCAGCAGAAAAAAUAUUAACUGUUCUAUUGAUGACAGUAUGCUGAGGUUUGAGGACGUCAUUAACGCCGCCAAAGAGCAACAAAUUCCAGUCCGUGGGUAUGUUUCUUGUGCCCUUGGGUGCCCCUACGAGGGACAGAUUGAACCUUCAAAGGUUGCUGAGGUGGCAAAGAGGUUAUAUGAAAUGGGCUGUUAUGAGAUUUCUUUGGGAGACACCAUCGGUAUCGGGACUCCAGGUUCCAUGUUUAAAAUGCUGCAGAGGGUAAAAAGAGAUGUCCCCAUCAAUGCGCUAGCAGUUCACUGCCAUGACACUUACGGACAAGCACUUCCCAACAUUCUAACUGCACUUCAGAUGGAGGUCUCGGUGGUGGAUUCAGCAGUAGCGGGCCUGGGAGGUUGCCCCUACGCACAGGGUUCAUCUGGUAAUGUUUCAACAGAGGAUGUUCUUUACAUGCUGCACGGCAUGGGCAUUGAAACGGGUGUGAACCUGGCCAAAGUCAUAGAGGCUGGUGAGUUCAUCUGCAGCGCGUUGGGUCGCGAGACAAACUCCAAGGUCGCCAGAGCAAGAGGCAGGACACCGUGAUGUGUUUCAAUAUGAGAGAACUUCUCCGUACAUGACUCUGUUCCUUGUUAAAGGUUUUCCCUGUUUUUGCUGCAUUCAGAUUCGCUGCCUUCGCUUCACUAUAUUGUGUUUCACCUCUCAAAAAAGUCUAACAAGCCGCCUAAUUUUCAUUUCCUGGCUUUCCCUUCAUAUCCACCGUUUAGAUCCCGGGGAUCAGUUGCAGGUCCGGUCGACUCAGUUUUGGCCAAACUGUAUGGUUUGAUAUCGUUAGAAAGGACAGUGCAUGUUGGAUUGGAAGUUACUUCAGGUUUUAUUUGCGAUAAAGGCUCAGGUUGAUAAUCCAGAUACGUUACAAAGCCUACUGUGCUGGCUUUUGUAAAUGCUGCACAAUGAAAUGUUCUUUUGAGGUCUUUUGACAUUUAUUUGGCUAUAACAAAAUAUACUCUAUAAAGGUCGAUGACUUUUCCAAGUUUUCAUAGCUCUGUGGCCUUUUAAGAUAAUAAAAUAAAGAUGUAUGCCCUUCCAGCUGCUUGCUGAAUUGAAUUAUGGGUACUUCGAUAUGCACUUUACAUCUCAAGAUACUUCUGCUCAUAUUUUAAAUGAAUACAAUUCAAAAGUACCACAAAUAAAACACCAGGGAGUUUGUGUUGUUGGGUUUGCCAAAGGUCACCACAGAAAAGCCCCCUAUCUUUUCUACCCAGACUGAAUUUACCCGAGAUGAUCCGAGAGGUUGAAAACAAAUGUGGUGGUAUUGUUUUCAGGUUUGUCUUGUCUGAUUGGUUAACCAUUGUCUUAUCUGUAAAACAUCAUGCAUUUUAUCAAUAUCAAAAAAAAAGAA